AUGCCGUCCACACACAAGAAGGAGAAGCCCUGGGAUACCGACGACAUUGACAAGUGGAAGAUUGAGCCUUUCAAGCCUGAAGACAACACCGCUGGUGCUUUUACAGACGAGUCGCGUUUCUCUACACUGUUUCCCAAGUAUCGCGAACAAUAUCUGAAGGGGUCCUGGAAGUUCAUUACUCAGGCACUCGCGAAACAUGGUGUGGGCUGCGAGCUCAACUUGGUGGAGGGCUCCAUGACAGUAUGGACAACGCAAAAGACCUACGAUCCGGCCGCGAUAUUGAACGCACGUGAUCUCAUCAAGCUUCUCGCCAGGAGCGUACCAGCGCCGCAAGCAGUCAAAAUCCUCGACGACGAAGUCGCCAUGGACAUCAUAAAGAUUCGAAAUCUGGUUGGCAACAAGGAGCGGUUUGUGAAGAGGCGGCAGCGUAUACUGGGUCCCAACGGCUCAACUCUGAAGGCGUUGGAGCUGCUGACGGAGACAUAUCUGCUGGUACAAGGAAACACAGUCGCGGCAAUGGGUCCUUUCAAAGGACUCAAGACGGUGCGACGCAUCAUCGAAGACACCAUGCACAACAUACAUCCUAUAUACGCCAUCAAGGAGCUCAUGAUCAAGAAGGAGCUGGCAAAAGACCCAGAACUAGUCAACGAGAGCUGGGAUCGCUUCCUGCCCAACUUCAAGAAACGGUCCCUCAGCAAGCGACGAGUACCGCACAAGGUCACAGAUAAGGCGAAGAAGGUCUACACGCCGUUUCCUCCGCCGCAGGAGAAGAGCAAGGUCGACUUGCAGAUCGAGAGUGGAGAAUACUUUUUGGGCAAACACGCCAAGGAGCGCAAGGCGAGGGAGGAGCGGGAGGACAAGAUGAAAGACAAGAUGGAUGCGAAGCGGAGGGAGCGCAUGGCUGAGUACGUCGCUCCCGCGGAGGAUGGCGAGAAGAAGAAAAAGAAGCGGAAACGGGAAGAAGGCGAGGAAAAGAAGGACAAAAGGAAGAAGCGCACUUCUGUCGAGGCCAAUGGCGAUGCAGACAUCAACGAUGUCCUAUGCAUCUACACAUCCACAUCAUUCAGCAACGGACGAGGUAUAUCAAUCUUCACCACACCCCCAGCAUCCAAGGACUUCGCCGCCCUACCCGCCUUCCAAAACCCAUCUCUGCUAGAAGCCCGCGCUAUCAAUGUCCCAACAAACACAUCCCGCGCGACAUCCAUACCUAACAAGGGCAUCGGACUCCUCGCCACCAAACCACUAAGCUUUAAAGACCGCAUCACAUCCCAUACGCCCGUGUUCCUCGCCUAUCUAGAAGGCGAACUCAGCACCUUGGACCGCGAGAACUGGUGGCGCCGUGCGAUCCACCAACUACCCGUCAAAAGCCGCGAGGAAUUUCUGGCUCUGGCGUAUGUUUUUGGCGACGAGAGGGUGAGGGUGCAGGAUAUCGUCAAGGCGAAUACGUUUCAGGUGGAGGUGGGGGGUGUGAAUCAUUUGGCGAUUUUCCCAGAGACGAGUCGGUUGAAUCACGCGUGUAAUGCCAAGUAA